CUUCAGUCACAAACUCAAACUCGACAAUAUCGCACACCAUCGAACCUAAGUAACGCGCGACGCGUUCUUCAAACAAACACAAGACCAAUGAGAAACAAAAUCUAAAUAAAUUAAAACUAAAUAAAAUAAUUUAGAUAUAAAAAAGAAGUAAAACCAAAACAACUUAAACUAAAUUAGAAAACAUAUGGAAUAAUUUAGAUAUUAAAGAACAAAGUGUUUUGUGAAUUAAUAAAUAACAAAAAUUCAACAACUGCAACAUAGAACAGCAUAGAAAUAAAUUGAAGAUAUUAGUAACUGCAAACAACAAAAACAACUAUUUCAAACACACAAAAAGGAAAAAUGUAUAUUUAAAUCUCAAACGUGAAAUUAAUUGUCAAACAACUUAAUGCCGAAACGAACCUUAACUACGACAUCUAACUCCACCACCAACCAUAACCCACGAUGAACCAGAACACACCCGCGCAUACAUCAAAACCUGAUAAAAAUCCGGCAACAUCAAUUCCCCAUCAUCACCACUAUCCUUACAGUAAUAUCACCUCCACCAUAGCCACAUCAUUUAUACAUAGCAGUCAAGCUGAGGAAAGUACAACAACUAUCAAAUCAACGACACAUGCUAAUGCCUUGUUCAGUGGAAGCCUGGCCAGAAGUAGAGGAGUUGGUGGUGGUGGUGAUGGUGGCCAAUCGACACAUUUCACAUCUAGAUCUAGUAAUAGGAGCCAUAAGGAUAAUGCUACUACUCGGUCUUGCAACCAGAACAACAAAUCUGCCCCCAAAACGGUGACGACGGCGACAUCGCCCUCGUCUGACUGCUGGCAAAGGUGGUGGUCCUCCUGGUGGUGUCAGCUGAGACCCUCUACAACGGCCUGCGUUACCUUUCUAUUAUUAUCAACGACAUGUUCCUUAUGUUCGGCUUCCUUGUGUGAUCCACAGAGCUGGUGGGAUCCCUACAAGGAUAAAUGCAUUCCUUGCACUGUGUGCCAAGGUGAUAUGAUACCGUUGCGUCCGUGUCAGAUGCAUCGAGACACUGUUUGUGGUUCAAUAUAUGAUUUGAAAAUCGAUUGGGUGGUUCUGGCGAAAACUGAGCCCAACUGGAAGGAGAGGCGAAAGUUUGAUGGUUCGGAUUAUGGGUUAGACCACCAUCAGCUUACUGCAGAACAAUUGCAGCAGUUGCAGGAUGAGGCCGAUCCAUUGGAUUGGCAAACGGCCGCAUUGUUUUUGGCCGUACUGGCCUGUCUACUGUUUUUCAUUGUGGCCGCCUGUAUACUUGUUCAUCAUAUGCGACAAUGGCGACGCAUGGAACGUAGAUUAGAUCAAGAUGUCGAAGAACUUUCAACAAAACUCAUGGCCAAAUUGGCUGAGGUACAAAGUUUGGAGGGUGGCACCUUCUUUAUAGGCAAUGCUGAUGCCCUAAGAAUACCGCCAUCUGCCACAACGCUAACAGCGGGAACAGGAUUUCAUCAACCGCAACAUGUAAUGUUACCAGAAAAAUCGGAUAAACACCAUAACCACCUCCAAGCCAACCACCUCCACCACCACCAUCAUAAUCAACAGCAGCAGCAGCAUCAUCAUCUGCACCCACAUGAUCGUCGAAUAUUUAAUACCACGACAAUCAAAUCGGGCAAUGUUUAUAUUGAAGAUGGCAAUGGAACAGGUUCAAAAUGUUAAGCGGGCCCCAGCGAGUGCCUUAAUAAAACACAACAGAAAAUCCCCGAAAAAACACCACACCAUCCCCUCGCAAUCUUGGGCUCCCGAAAACCAGCAAAUCAAACGGCAGCAGCUAUCAUUCAAGCGAAUUGAAAAUUCUAAUGAAAGCUAAGAAAAUCAUACAAAUCACAGAAGAUUAUCCCAACGGAAAUGCGCUAAAAACGAAAGAAAAACAACUCUAAGAAACUGGAACAUACUUAAAAUCAAAUUAUUAAUAAUGAUAAUAAUAAUAAUAACAAUAACAAAUAAAAACACAACAUCGAUUAAGAAACAAAAAAAGAAGAAUACUCCACUUUAUUAAGUACCGAUGCCACUAACAUUUUGUCAACCUAUGAAGGUAAUUUAUCGAAAUUAGCUUUUCUGACUCCAUAAAACAGCUGAUUUCAAUGUAAAGAGUGAAACAAUUCUAGUGGUUUUGACAGUAAUCACGAUUGAUCAUCCAUUCACAAUAGAGGUCUCUCACAAUCAAAAGUUUCUUCUUUCUCUCUGUCUCCCUUUUUCUCCCACUUUAUAUAUAUAUGUGUGUGUGUAUAUUAAUUUAUUGCUAUCGAACUUUUGUUGUUUUGUUGUACUAUUUUUAUCAAUUUUUUGUUAGUUAUUUUCUUAAAAAAAAUAUAUUAAAAAACGUGAAAAAAAUCGAAAAUUUUAACAAAAAAUCUUCAAAAAGUAUAUCCUUGUGUAUAUAGAUACAUUUUAAACUAUUGAAUAUAUAUAUUUAUCGAUAACGAUUACAUAUAAGGCUGUGCGAUUAAUUGAUAAAACACACCAUUUUCGAGCGAACCACAACCCUAUUACAAUAUUUCGACUUCGAUGUAUGUAAUUUUCGAAAAAAAAAAAAAUAAUUAUAAAUGAUAAUUUUUUUCUAAAUAUUGUACAGCCUUUUUUUUAUCAAAUUGGAACAUGUAUUUUUUUAAUACACUUCAGAGUUUAUGACCUUGUUUCGCAGGCAUUCCACUUAAUAACAAAACACACCACAUUUUUAGCAAGUUGACCGGCUUUCUCGGCUAACAGACACCGGUACGUAGGUGUCCCGAUACCAGACAUGAACCAACUUAGGUAGCACAGUGUUCCUAAGUUAAAAUUUCGGUUUUCGAGGUUA